CACAUAUUUCGUCGCUUUACAUCCAUAAAACUAAAAAUCACAUCAGGGUUGGUUGCUGUUUUUAGGUAAUUCGAACUUUUCCGCGGGAAGUUCAUGCGAUCGCAUGGAGCUUUACGUAAAAAAAGCUCCACUUCUAUAACACAAAUCGUGAUCACAUGUGCUUCAUUGCUGGUUCCUCUGUAGUUGUGUAAAUUGUUGUCAAAAAAGCCCAACCACGGCUUAUCAUUUUACGUGGGGUAUUUUUCGUUGUCUCAUUCUCGUGCCAUUGCCAAUUGCUCGAGAUAUUUCGGUCUCUCACCGACGAGAAUUUUCAAGUGCAGUAAAUAGUUAAAAUGUUCCAACGAUGUAUCCCACGCACGACAAGGAUAUUAAUGCAAUCGAGGAUCCUCCAACAUUCGACAAAGCAUCAGAGAGGCCUCACUACGACGCAACUCGAUAAGAAUGAUGUCAAAGGUGCUGACGCUAGAGCUCCGAGAUUCCCAGGAGCAACUGCCCCAUUCACGUCGAAUCCUCAGGUGACUUUUGCCGAAAAUGUUGCUCCAAUUCCGAUCUAUCGCGUUAUGGAUCGUGAUGGUAUCAUUGAAGAUAAAACGCAAGAGCCUAACCUCGGACAAGAGACGGUGAAGAAGAUGUUCCGUGACAUGGUGCUACUUAACACGAUGGACAAGAUUCUCUAUGAAUCUCAGCGACAGGGAAGAAUAUCCUUCUACAUGACGAACUUUGGUGAAGAAGCCUCUCAUAUUGGUAGUGCAGCUGCUCUCACGCCUGAUGAUCUUGUUUAUGGACAGUAUCGUGAAGCUGGAGUGUUAGUGUGGAGAGGAUUUACUAUUUCUGAAUUUAUCGAUCAGUGCUACGGUAAUGUUGAUGAUGAAGGAAAAGGGCGUCAAAUGCCCGUGCACUAUGGAUCAAAGAAAUUGAAUUUUGUCACCAUAUCCAGUCCCUUGGCAACUCAAAUUCCUCAAGCAGCUGGAGCUGCAUAUGCGCUAAAGCUGAAAGAAGGCAACAAUCGCUGUGUGAUAGUUUAUUUCGGGGAAGGAGCUGCAUCUGAGGGUGAUUGUCAUGCUGCUCUCAAUUUUGCUGCCACUCUCGAUGCUCCAGUGAUCUUUUUCUGCCGCAACAACGGAUUUGCCAUCAGUACACCAUCAUCGGAGCAAUACAGAGGCGAUGGAAUAGCUGGCAGGGCAGCAGGAUAUGGUAUGGCGUCGAUUCGUGUGGAUGGAACAGAUAUCAUGGCAGUGUACAAUGGUACUAAGGUAGCCCGAGACUACGUUAUGAGUACCAACAAGCCAAUCAUUUUGGAAGCAAUGUCAUACAGAAUUGGUCACCAUUCAACAUCAGACGAUAGCAGUGCCUAUCGUGCACCGGAAGAGCUCGAGGUUUGGAAUACAGUUGAGCAUCCCAUCAAUAAAUUGAAAAACUACAUGCGAUCCAAGAGAUGGUGGAAUGAGGAGGAUGAGAAUGCUUUCGUCAAGUCAAUUCGAAAGCAAGUGCUAUCCCAAAUUUCACUCUCUGAAAAGAAGCCCAAACCUGACUGGAGGGAAAUGUUCAAUGAUGUCUACUAUGAUCUUCCGGUUCAUCUAAGGGAGCAACUCAAGCAAAUGGAGGAACAUGUUGAAAAACACAAAGAACACUACCCACUGAAGGGAUUCAAGCACUGACCAAAGUGACCAGAUUGAGCAUAAAAGAAGAAUUGCUGCAUUUACUAGAUUUUAACUGGGAAGAGAUAACGAAAAAUAUGAAUGCAAGAACAAUAAAAAUGAUUUUGCAGGACUAAAA